AUGUGCCCACUCUGGAGGCUCCUCAUCCUCCUUGGAUUGCUGGCCUUGCCCUUAACACUGAACAAGAAGCCAUUGCCUGGCCUGGCCAAAGCCCACAUAAACAGCAAACCUACCCUGGCAAGAAUUAUUGCCCAGGGCCUCAUAAAGUAUGAUGUAGAAGGCCGAAUCCAGAACAUCCACCUUUUGGACAGUCUAAAUGCCCCAGGGCAGGUGGCCCCGGGGAUGGUGGGUUGGCUAAUUGGUAGCAGAAAACUCCAGCAGAAGCAAGACAUCAGCGUCAACAUCACCAACUUUCGGCUGGACUAUGGUGGGAUCCAGAUGUCUUUCCAUAAGGAACAGUUCUUUGCAAACAUCUCACUUGAAUUUGACAUUGACUUGAGACCGGCUUUAAAUAACAUCGUAAACAUGCAUGUACACAUGUACCUCAUCGUGGUGUUCUGGCUGGAGAAAGACGAGUUUGGCCGAGGAGAUCUGGUGAUAGGCAAAUGCCACACAGAGCCCAGCAGUGUCUUUGUGACCAUCCUCACUGACACCAUUCCACCCAGGAUGAGGCAUAUGCUCUUCAACCUCAAAGAGAACCUGAGAAAAAUUAUCCCACACCUGGUAGAAGGUCAGGUAUGUCCUCUGAUUUGUGAAAUCCUUGGCCAGUUGGAUGUGAAAUUGUUGAAAAGCCUCAUGAAACAUGUUGCUUCCCAUUAA